UGCUACCUCAUUCGCACCCGCCAACAACAACAAAGCGUAACAUAUCGAACAAGAAAACAGCGGAAUAGAGCCAGCUACCAAAUAUUUAUAUUAGAUUUUUCACUUUCGGCAAAGAAGUGCGCGCUUUUAUUGCUUUUAUUCACACACGCAGUCAACCACACACACGGUGAUUGCGCAAUUCCAGUGGAUCGAGAGUGUGGUGUGUGGCGGUGCGGUGUGUGUGUGCGUAAACAACAAACAACAAACAGGCGAAACAACGGGAAUUGAUUGGAACGAGUGGAGCUUUUGAUGGGCAACUCGCAACCGCGGAAUGCGAGCAGAAGCAGAAGGACAUCGCAGUGGCCCCAAGGAGCAGCAGCGCAACUAGGCGCCACCGCCGAUCACCAGGAGGAGGCGGAACAGCAGCAGGAGCAACAAAUCCCCCCCAUUCCAAGCCAUUCCCCGCCAGACGAGGAGCAAUCGCAGCCGGAUCAGCAGCAGCAGCCACUACCAACGCAGCAGCAGCUUUCCACUUGGAGUCUUGGCAGCCUAAGCGGGGGACGACUCAAUUGGAGCUUCUCCGGGGCCCGGAACUCAUUUCGUCACCGGAACAAAGCCACGCGAAAGAGCUUGACCUCGCUUCAUGGCUCUCGCAGAAGCAAGACACAGUGGCACCGGCCUCUGACCAACUCAAUCUUCAACUCGCACUUCAAGGAGUCCAGCCGGAACGAUCUGUACCACAUUGAGCAUCUGGUGGCCAAAGGAGCCUUCGGCGUGGUCUUUAAGGUGUGCAGUAAAAGCGACAACAGUCUGUGCUACGCCCUGAAAGUGCUAAAGAAAUCAAAGCUUAUCGAGGACAACAGCGUGCGGCAGAUAAAGGACGAGGCAGACAUUCAGAAGGUCUGCGGUCAUCAUCCGUUUAUCGUGAAGCAAAUUGAUCUGUGGCAAAACCGCCACAAUCUACAUAUUCUAUCAGAGUACGUACCCAACGGCGAGUUGUUCUCAAAAAUAACCCACUUCUCCAUUGAUCUGGUUCGAUUGUACAUUGGCGAAAUAGCACUUGCUCUGGAUUUUCUUCACAACGCCGGUAUUAUCUAUCGCGAUGCCAAGCCGGAGAACAUCCUGCUAACGCAGCAGUUUCACAUAAAGCUUACCGACUUCGGCCUUAGCAAGUGGCUCAAACUGGGGGCCAACACGCGCACCAUGUGUGGCACUUUCAAAUACAUGGCCCCGGAGAUUCUGUGCGGCGAACCUUAUGGCCAUGCAGUGGACUGGUGGGCCUUGGGCGUUAUUGCCUGUCAGAUGCUGACGCAGAAGUCCCCCAACAUUAAACGCCACCUUCUGCGUCGCCGGGAAAGUCUGGAACCGGAGGACGGCUUGUCCAAUGCCCCCUCCUUUGCCCAAAUCAAUGGUUGUCUGCAGGACAGUGACAGUGACAGCGAGGACUUCCUGCCAGACGAGGUGAAGGACCUCUCCCACGAAGGAAAGGAUGUGCUGCGCAAGCUGCUGACCAUCGAGCCGCGACAGCGAAUCCGGAGUGUGAUGGCGCUCCAAAGGAUUGCCCUCUACAAGGGCUACAACCUGAGCUCCAAACAGCUGCUUAGCCUUUCUGCCCAAGACAUUAUAGCCAGAGAUGGAGUCCGCGUAUACGAGGACAGACAGUUCGAUCAGCUUACCAGCCAGUGUGCAAUGAAAGCGUUUCUGGACUUCUAGUCUCCUCGUCAGAAGAGCCAACCAAACAAAAUCACAAGAACUUGAUGUUCAGCCAUAUUAAACAUGAACGAUUUCCACUUAUUUUGGUACUAUUUAAACUUUAUCUUUCCAUUAAAUUUAUUAAAAAUAUUCCAAUUACCAAUUUGUUUAAAGACUCUCGACUCGAUUAGCUUAUGCCUUAAAUUUUCAAUUUUAAAUUUCUCUUGAACAAAUUGAUUAAUAAUUGUAAAAAAAAAACUGAUAAACUAAAUAAUGCUCUUUUCCAUGGCAACAUUACAGUGAUACAACUUAUAUAAAUGAAUGAUAAUCGGGUUUUUAUAAAAAUGUUUAUGGUGAUUCCAAUUUAAAAGCCAACGUUUUUUAUUGAUCGUUCAGUGUUAAUUUUCCAUUUAUUUAUUCGAGCUUGAGAAGUAGUUAAAACAAAUACUGUUAUUUUAAACGAAACCGCCAAAUUAAAUGUUGUUAUUGUACUUGAAAAUAAAAUAAAUUUUACAUUUAAUAACAUAA